AGAACGCUGAUGGCGGGGGCGACGUGGAGAGGGGUGUGCGUGUGGGCGCGGCGCGCGGCGCUGUUGCCAGGGCGCGCUUGCCCGUUGCUAAGGACGCGCUGGACCGCGGCUGGGAAGUCUCGGAGCCGACGGGAGGCGGCCGAGGCCGAGGCCGAGGUUCCCGUGUUCCAGUACGUGGGCGAGCGGGCGCGGCGCGCGGACCGCAUCUUCACGUGGGGCUUCUCGUACACUGGCGCGCUGGGCGUGCCCAGCCUGGUGAAGCCCAGCGCCGACGGGCCCGCCGCCGGCCGCAAGCCCCGCGCCAUCCAACCGGUGCCCUACCGCCUGGAGCUGGAUGCCCGGAUUUCGUCCGCCGCCUGCGGCUACGGAUUCACACUGCUGUCAUCCCAGACCCAGGACAUCACCAAGGUCUGGGGCAUGGGGCUCAACAAGGAUUCUCAGCUUGGGUUUCACAGCAGCCGAAGAGAUAAGAGCAGGGGAUAUGAGUAUGUCUUGGAGCCGUCGCCAGUGCCCUUGCCUCUGGACAGACCGCAGGAGACCCGGGUUCUGCAGGUGGCCUGUGGAAGAGCCCACUCCCUGAUCCUGACUGACAACGAAGGAGUCCUCAGCAUGGGCAACAAUUCCUACGGGCAGUGUGGAAGAGCCGUGGUUGCAGACGAGGUUUACAGCGAGAGUCACAAAGUGCACAGAAUGCAGGACUUCGAUGGACGUGUGGUGCAGGUCGUCUGUGGCCAAGACCACAGCCUGUUCCUAACGGAUAAAGGCGAGGUCUACUCGUGUGGAUGGGGCGCAGAUGGGCAGACAGGUCUGGGUCACUACAACAUCACCAGCAAGCCCACCAAGGUCGGGGGCGGCAUCGUCGGAGUGAACAUAGUACAGGUGGCCACCUACGGAGACUUCUGUCUGGCCGUGUCUGCUGAGGGAGACCUCUUUGGCUGGGGCAACUCAGAGUACCUGCAGCUGGCGUCCGUCACUGAGGCCACCCAGGUGAAUGUCCCCACACACUUGCCCUUUUCUGGGAUUGGGAAGGUUAAGCAGGCGGCCUGUGGCGGUACUGGCAGUGCAGUCUUAAAUGACGAAGGAAAUGUUUUUGUCUGGGGAUACGGGAUUCUUGGGAAAGGGCCAAACCUCAUGGAAACCGCGCUCCCAGAAAUGAUCCCGCCCACUCUCUUUGGCUUGUCGGAUUUCAGCCCAGACGUCCGGGUUUCCCACAUUCGCUGCGGACUCAGCCAGUUUGCCGCACUUACCAACAAAGGAGAGCUGUUUGUGUGGGGCAAGAACAUCCGAGGUUGUCUGGGAAUUGGCCGCCUGGAAGAUCAGUACUUCCCGUGGAGGGUGACGAUGCCAGGGGAGCCAGUACAAGUGGCCUGUGGGGUGGACCACAUGGUGACUCUGGCCAAAUCAUUCAUCUAAGCCUGCCGCCUGCCCUGGCCGUGCUUCUCUCAGACACAAGCCAGGCCCGCUCUGCUUGAGGUGCUGCCUUCUGGGCCCCAUCCCAUCACCUUGUCAGUUGGACUCGGUGGGUUUGGGCCCCUGGAACAUUUGGACCAUUUGCCUCUGUGCUGCCAACCAGUGACUAGACCCUGAACAGGGGGAGUCCUUCUGGCCGGGGUCUCUUAGUCGUGUGUGUGUGUGUGUAGUUGUGCUGGGGGUGAGGACGCAGCCCCCGCCUUCCUUUCUCUCAGGGUUGCACUUACGGCAAGCCCCUUCCAUGCUGAGGGCCGUAUGUCCAGACCCCAAGUCUGGGCUUUGUGUGGCCCUCCCCAGCAGCAAGGUGCUGGGUGGGCUGCACCAACAAGAGCCCUGUGGUGAUGGAGGAGGAGGCAGGGCCCUGGAGCCUCGUCUCCCCAUUCAUAUGUUUCAACUCUUAUCAAACAAAAUGAUGGCUUUCUCUGGGAGCAGCAGCACUUUGCGUGGUGCUGGCCAGUUGAGCAGAAACUGGCUGGGGGCAGGGGAAGGAGCGGCCUUUGGACCUUCUGAGUGUAUUUGAUCAGUAAGAGAUGACCCAGCAGAAUUCAUGGUUGACUUGGAGUUUCCAUGGCCCCUGCUGAUGCUUGGGGCUGCCAGAGCCACACUGUCUUCAGCUGUUACUUAAUUUGUGUCUGACCCGGCAUCCCUGGGGCCAGUCCAGACCUAGCUGUGGGUGGACAGCCUAGACCCCUCCUGUGCUGCCUUAUUCUGCAGAAAAAGGGAGAGGGAGAGAGAGAGACUCACAGAGAUAGAGAGACGAGACAGAGAGAGCGUGAGAGAGAGCGCUUCAGGCCCUGCUUUCUGUUGGGAACGUCACAAAGUCACAGACAGGGCUCUGAAGGGGAAGCUGGGUCUUGAUACUGCACUUGGGAGCCCAGUUAAGUGGCCCCCCCCAGGAGAACAACCGCUUAUAUUUCAACGCUGGGCAGUAGCGACACGAGCCCACCACCAAAUCCCCUUGGGCCAAAGGUUUCAAGUGCAGUCAACCUUGCUCUAGAGAAGAAAAAAUCAACCCAGAGGUGACUUUUUGGAAAGAAUUUCACUGAGUGUGCCUGUAAAGAAGCCCUUUUAUUCACUUUUGAAUAAAGCAAAUUGUGUUUUCUGUUAGUUGCUUACAGGAAAAGAAGAAAUGCUCACUGGGACACAGGGGCUGGAAUUCUCCCUACCAGCAGAGAGUACCUUUAAUUCACCUGGCCAUUUGGAAAUUGGCCAUGAAAGGUUAAACCCUAGAAAUAGAGGCACAAAUUUGGGAUUAUAAUGAAAGAGAAAAUGAAAAACAUUUUACAAUUCAAUCCACCGAGUUGAAUAAUGGCCUUCUGGGAAGGCCUGUGGUGCAACCCUGGCAAAGGUUAAUAGCAGGAAAGAGAAUGAUGCCAAUUAGGUAGCCCCCGGUGCUCUGGCCAGCCGGCUCUCCUGUCGAUUUGUUAACAGGGUCAUCUCUGCUACGCCACGUGCGAUCAGGCCCCUCAUCGCCAGGGACUCUGUUUUUCCCACUGCAGACCGGCCUGAGAUGGGAAGCUAACCAAAAUCUGCAUCUCCUUUUCCUUCUUUGUCCCGUGAGGGCCUGAACUGGUAGAGGUGCAGGAAGGCGGGAUUCCAGUUUGCUCCCAGCUGCUGCCAGCAGCCACGGGCUGGGCUGAGUUGUGCCAGACGAGACGCCAGGGUUCUAGCCUUUAUUCAUUGUGGGCCAAGCCCUGGAGGUAGGCAGAUGAAAAGGGAACAGUCCCUGCUGUCAGGGAGUUUACGUUCUGUCAGUCAGCAAGCAUUGGUUCUGCCUACAUACUGCCUGUACACUGCCUACAGUGUACCGGGUAUGCUAGGCAUUGGGUAGACAGACAAAAAGGGAACCCUGCUCUGACCUCGAGGAGCUUACCACCUAUCUGUAAGCAUUUAUUAAGCGCCUACUCUGUGUGGGGUACUGGAGAUCCAAAGAAUCUGCCGGUGUCUUCUGGACACCCUGAACUUUAAUAAAUUUCUCAUGACAGGAGUCUAAAA